AUGGACUGGGCUAUCAACGCAGCUAAGAAGAAAACUAAAGCGAUUCCUGGCGGCUCAAGGUCGAUUAUUGAAUCUCUGAAUAAGCUGAAUAACAUAUCUUGCGAUGGGCAAGAUGCUAUAAAUGAGAUCUUAAGUGAUAUUGAUUUUUCGCUUUUGGGUAUAUCAAUACUUCCAGCAGAUAAGAAUAGAUCACUAAUAAUAAAAACAAAAAAUAUUGAACACUUGGAUACAAAGCCUGACAGUAAAGACGAUAACUCAACUAGAAACGAACUGAAAUCGAUCGAAGUUAACCCACUUUCUGAAGAUAAUUCGACUGUAUUCAAUGUUAAAGCCACUUUGAGCAGUGCUGCACCUAAAAAAAAUAAGGACUUAGUUAAUACGCCUAUAAAGAGAGAGAGUGGUAUUCCUAGUAUUACACCAAAGUCUAUGUCAAUAGAGAAAAAAGAUGAAAAUGGUUUAACAAGUAAUGAUGUAACUAUUGCAAAUAGUAGCAGUUUAAAGGAAAAAGACAGUAAGUCAGGUUCUCCUACAAAAUCUGAAUGGUCCCCAUUUAAAUCAAAUAAGUCAUUUUCAAAUUUGUCUUCAAAUAUUAAUGAGACUUUAAAACACCAAAAUCACAAUAUCAUUGAUACACAUAAUCAAACCACUACAAAAGAAGGUGAAGAUACAAGUAUUUUGUCUAAUAAUGACAAAAAUAAAGCAGAGUCGGAGACAAAAAUUAGUAGCAAAUCUUUCACUAAUAAGGAAAGAGUUUUACGAAAGAGGUCUAAUAUGUUUAUACCACUGCCGACCAAAGAGACAUAUGUGAUCAAGUCCUCACCUGAUAAGCAAAGUAAUAAUCAGGAAGUUUCAAAAUUGGGUUCUAUGUCUAAGUCUAACAAACUUCACAAUUUGAAGUCAGAAAUGCCAUUAACUAUCAAAGAUGUACGUUUGGAUUCCAGUAAGCAAAAUCUAAAUGAGAGUUCAGAGAAAAAUAGAAAGAUAUCAGCUAGUGAUAAUGUUUUUGAGCGUCUAGCAAAGGUUCCGACUAAAUCUUUUGAGAAAAAGAUAACGAAAACUUAUAAACCAUAUUCCGAUUCAAAAAGUAUGUAUUCUCCAACUAGAAAGCGUAAUUCACUUGCAGGCAAGGGGAUUAUAAAGACCACCUCAGGUCAAGUGGAUACAUCAAUGAAUGAAACACUGAAAGGUAUUUUUGAGUUGAAUUCUCCUAAAACCUUGCUAAGUAAUGACUCUAAAGCUCAGAUCGUAUCAUCUUCAACUUCAAUUGCCACUAACAAAGGCAUGCGAAAAUCAUUACAGCCCAGAAUAGACGUAAAAUCUUUAUCUACUGUGACUAGUAGAUUAAUCCCAAAUGGAAGAUCAGAACUCAAUGAUGGAAAUAAUAAAGUUAAUUUACACAGCAAUAAGUCUAGUCAUGGAAUAUAUCUAAAUAAAAUGAAGCCUACAGAAAGAUUAACUCCAAUUAGGAUUAAAUCUGGUAAUACAAUCACAUCGCCAACUGAAUCAAGUUUGUUAAAGCUCAGUAACAGAGGAUCCCCAAAACGAGUUGCUAAAUUACACCAUAAAUUGGACUCAAAGGAUCCUGCAAAGCAUAAAAAUGAUAGAUUAACUAACUUUCAACUUUUGCCUAGUUUGGAAUCAAAGAAGAAUGAAUUAAAGAAGAAGUUGAACAAAAGGUUAUCUGAAGUCAUGAGGAGCCAACAAGAUCAUCAUAGAAGAAGGACUGAGUUACAAAAGAGGAAAUCACAAAUAUAUGAAGACCUUAAGAAAAGAACGAAACCGGCAAGUGAAAUAAAAGACAGCAACAAGAAAAAUGUUGAUACUUCUCUUGAUGGAAGUAAUUUUAUUCGAUACCGCGAUAAAACUCACAAUGAUACAAAUAGUGAAAUGAAAGGAAUUCUGGAUACAAUCAAUACUGUUGAUCAUAGAAUCAUUAUUGGCGAGAGUACUCGAAACCAAGAGGAGAAUGUUGGUGAUGCUACUUUACCAGAAAUUUAUUCAGAUUCGGAAGCGGAUGAUACCUUGGUGCUGGCCACUUGGGCAGAGACUGCAAAUUUGAAGAAGGCACUUGUUGAUCAGGCCGGUUUGGAUCCAAAUGAUAUAUUUGGACCAGCAUAUCCUUUGAAACCAGAAGAAAUAUUCAGUCCCACUAGAAUGGCUAAACUAAAAUCCAAACACUAA